CCAAAAUGGCGGCGCUCGGGCGUGAGGCUGGAGCCGACCAGAGGGCUGCAGGUGUGGUCCCGGUGGGAGUUGGGGAAGCGCCCGAGAUAUUUUAAAGAAAAAGAACUGGCUUGAGUACAGUUCUUCAAUGAUUCAGGGAAAGAAACUCGUCCAUUAUUACUCAUUGUUUAAUACCAUAUGAAGAUUCAAAAGAGCCUAUACCUUCAGGAUGUUGAUACCAUGGAUGAAUUGGCCUUUCAUUAGGUAGGGUUAGGGCUGGACAUCAAGAUGCCAACAUACAUAUAUGGUCAGUCCAGUCCUUCUCUAGGAGAUGCAAAACUCAGAAAACCAAUGAUCAUCGAAAUCAUAGAAAAAAAAUUUGAAUAUCUUAGAAAAGAAAAGACUUUAAAUAUAUAUGGAACAGUGACCUUUGGAACAACAGCUGGUUUCUCUGGAAUAUUGGCAAACUUAAUUUUCAGACAUUGCUUCAAGGUUAAACAUGAUGCUUUGAAGACAUAUGCAUCAUUGACUACACUUCCAUUUUUGUCUACCAUAGUUUCUUAUGAGCUUCUUGUAAGACAUGCUUUGUAUUCAGGUAACAUAAGCCGGGAAAAUUGUGUUCUGAGAAGUUCACUGAUUGGCAUAGUGUGUGGUGUUUUAUAUCCCACUGCUUUAGCUUUUUCUAAAAAUGGACGUCUGGCAGUCAGGUAUCAUACUGUUCCACUGCCACCAAAAGGAAGGGUUUUACUUUAUUGGCUGCUGCUUUGUCAAACAGAGAUAAAAGCAAUGGUGAUUCCUCUUAUCCUUCAGACAGCCCUUGGAAUAUAUCAUGGUCUACAGCAUUAUGCAAUAUUUGAAAGUACACUUGAGCAAACUGUACAUGAAGAUUAACCAAAGAAUGAAUGGAUACUAAAUCAGUAUAAUGGACUUUUUUAUGAUGAGGACUUACCUUUUGCCUGGUGUAUAGCAGGUGCUCAAUAAAUAUUCAGUAAUUAAAUAAAUGUAGGUUUUGUCUCUGUUUUGUCAUUGUAUGUGGAAAUGGAUUUGAGGCCUCAAGGUCUGAUCUAUACAUUUAUGUAUGUAUUCAUUCACAAACAUUUAUUGAGCACCUGCUAGGUCUCAGACAUUGUGUUACAUAUAGUAAGAAAUCGUCCUUAUCCAGGAAGAACUCACAAUUAGAAAUAUGAACACAUAGCAUGAGAGGGUUUGAGAGAUAUACACAUAAUUCUUUGGGCACAUUGAGGGUGUGGCUGUUAACUACUUGUGCAGAAGGGAAAGCUAUGGGGGGAAGGUGACAUUUGUCCUAGAUUUUGAAGGGGAAGUUGAAAGUUCACAAGAAAGCAAUAUAGAAAUAACAUAACAGCCCAUUCCUCUACUCUAAACUCUAAUUCAGUACACUUACUAGCUCUUCUCAUUGACAAAUUACCUUCACUGUGCUAUUUAAAGAACGUUUAUUGAGUGCCUAUUUGCUAUGCAUUAAUAUAGGCACCAGGGGUACGAAAAUUCAGUCACUGCCCUCAAGAAGCAUAAAAUCUAAAGAAAGAGGUCACAGCAUGCUUCUUUAAGUCUGCUAGAGCAUUCUUGAGCUACAUGUUUAGUUAGGGAAACAGGAGAGGAAAUGAAUGCUGUCUGAUGAAAAGAAUAAGACACAGAAUGGAACCCCGUAACUCAUUCUCCUUGUCUUAAUCACACUCAUCUUGAGAUUUAAAGAUUUGGUCAUCUGAGGCCCCAAGCAACACAAAACAGAAAUGGAAGUCUUAACGAGGUGCUUUACAGCAUCAUAUAUAAUAAACUUAAACACAUACACUCUUUUACUAAUAAAAAAAAAAUGGUUAGUAAACCGUCCAGCUUUGUAUUCUCAGAAUAAUUCAUGAUACUUGAGGAAAGGGCAGGCAACUGGGGGGAGAGAGGAAACCAAGUCAAAUAGAUAACAAGAUCAAUGGUAUUAAUAUUAACUCUUAAGCAAUUAUUAUACAAGUACAUGAAUACCUUCUUAUUGUGAGAUAUACAAAUGAUCCAGAAGUAUAUAGAGCAUGACUUGAAAGUCCCCCUUCACUCCCACUCCGUCCUAUUUCUACUCCAUUCUCCAGAGGCAACCAUUAUCAAGUUAGCACAUCUUUUUCCUUGUAGUAUUCUUUUGUAACUUACAUAUUUUUUUAAUAAAUGGUAUUAUCCAUACAUAUUAUACUGGAAAUUAAUUUUCCCUUCAAUAUAUGUCUUGGAGAUCUUUCCGACUCAUUAUGUGUAGGUCUAACAUGUUCUUUUUGGUGACUGAAAAACAUUCUUGGUGAUUCUAGUAUUCACAUAGGUGAUCCUUCCAACACCCUGGUCUCUCUAUCCUACCACUUAUUCCCAUGGUCAUAGUUUAGACCUGUGCUGUCCAAUAUAGUAGUCAUUAGCCAUGUGUGGCUCCUGAGCAUUUGAAAUGUGAGUAGUCUAAAUUGAAAUAUGUAGUAAGUGUAAAAUACACAUGAAGUUUUAAAGAUUUACUAUGUAAAAAAG